AUGGACAUGGACCGCGGGUUCUACCGCAAGGUGGACGUCCCGGACCACGCCCACUACGUGAUCGCCUUCUUCGUGCUCAUCAUCGGAGUGGUCGGUGUGACCGGCAACGCCCUGGUCAUGUACGCCUUCUUGUGUAACAAGAAGCUCCGCACUCCUCCCAACUAUUUCAUCAUGAACUUGGCGGUUAGUGACUUCCUGAUGGCCAUCACGCAGUCACCCAUCUUCUUCAUCAACUCUCUCUUCAAAGAGUGGAUUUUUGGCGAGACCGGCUGUAAGAUGUAUGCCUUCUGUGGGGCGUUGUUCGGUAUCACCUCAAUGAUCAACCUGCUGGCCAUCUCCCUGGACCGCUACAUCGUCAUCACCAAGCCCCUGCAGGCCAUCCGCUGGAUCUCGGGCCGGCGCACCAUGGUGGUGAUCCUGCUGGUCUGGCUCUACUCGCUGGCCUGGAGCCUGGCGCCCCUGCUGGGUUGGAGCUCCUACAUCCCAGAGGGUCUGAUGACAUCAUGCACAUGGGAUUACGUUACGUCCACCCCGGCCAAUAAGAGCUACACGUUGAUGCUGUGCUGCUUCGUGUUCUUCAUCCCUCUGGGUAUAAUAUCCUACUGCUAUCUGUGCAUGUUCCUGGCCAUACGCAGUGCCGGCAGAGAGAUCGAGAGGCUGGGGACACAGGUGAGGAAGUCCACGCUGAUGCAGCAGCAGACCAUCAAGACCGAGUGGAAACUGACCAAAGUUGCCUUUGUUGUCAUCAUCGUUUAUGUCCUUUCAUGGUCGCCGUACGCGUGCGUCACACUCAUCGCCUGGGCGGGGUACGGGAGCCACCUCAGUCCCUACUCCAAAGCGGUGCCGGCUGUCAUCGCCAAAGCCUCCGCCAUCUACAACCCCUUCAUCUACGCCAUCAUCCACUCUAAAUACAGAGACACACUAGCCGAGCACGUGCCCUGCCUGUAUUUCCUACGACAGCCGCCCAGGAAGGUGUCCAUGUCCCGGGCCCAAAGUGAGUGCUCCUUCCGGGACUCCAUGGUGAGCAGACAGUCCUCGGCCUCCAAGACCAAGUUCCACAGGGUCUCCUCCACGUCGACCGCCGACACACAGGUAUGGAGCGAUGUGGAGCUGGACCCCAUGAAUCAUGAAGGCCAGUCCCUUAGGACGAGUCAUUCCCUGGGGGUCCUGGGCCGAAGCAAGGAGCACAGGGGACCCCCAGCCCAGCAGAACAGGCAGACAAGGAGCAGUGACACGCUCGAACAGGCAACAGUCGCGGAUUGGCGACCGCCAUUGACCGCUCUCCGAUGUGACCGCAACUUCCUCCCACAACCUACCCAUCCACCUUACAAAAUGGCCGCUGCCACACCACUCCAAGCCACCACCGGGGACAAUGUCACCCCAGAGCACUGGAACGAACACCCUAAUAACAAUAAUAAAAAUCACAACAACCGUCAGAACGGUAAUAAUAAUAAUGAGGAGCAUGAGUAUUCGGGAAAAGGCGGCCGACAUUGUCAGAACCAUCCACACCACAUCGACCUCAAAAACAGCAUUAGCAACUGCAAAAAAACCUGUGAGAAAGACACGUUUUCGAAAGAGCCGGUGCCGUGCAACGCCGCGGAUGACGUGCGUUUCUCUCCUCGGUCGGCACACAGGAUUCAGCACGCCAUGGGGACUCCCUUCCGCUACAUGCCAGAGGAGGACAUCGCCUGCCAGGAAAGGCUAAGCACAGACCGGAGCCAGCGGGGAGACCCACGGCCAGACUCGAAGAGCUUAAACUGUACCGACGAUGUGCUGGUGUCCGCACAGAGGUGCUCCUUUCCCCAUGAAAGGAGCAGGAACCUAGAGGAAAGCUUCAUGGCUUUAUAG